CAGAAAAUGGGCAGUCCUCCGACUAGGCUGAAAAAAAAGCCAUUUUCUGGCGCUGCUGCAAACUGCGUCCAAGUGUAAGAAGAAGGUACGAGGGAAGAGGGAAGCGUCGAUGUCAAAUCAGAUCCACCCAGAUGGACAAAAUGCAGCCCAAUCGGAUUAAAAUCACAGAUCUGAAUUUGCAUCUGACUUGUCCCCUGUGCGCUGGUUACUUAGUUGAUGCAACCACCAUCGUAGAAUGCCUCCACUCCUUUUGUAAAACAUGCAUCGUCGCCUUCUUGGAGACAAACAAGUUCUGCCCUCGAUGUGACGUCCAGGUUCAUAAGACGUGUCCGCAGCUCAGCAUCAGAGCGGACAAAACUCUACAAGACAUCGUUUAUAAGCUAGUUCCGGGGUUAUUCAAAGACGAGAUGAAGCGGAGACGAGAUUUCUACUCGGAGAGUCGCGUGCUGGAGCCGGGGGAAGUGGUGGAGACGUUCAACAUCGCAGAGGAUGAAAUCAUCAGUCUGUCCAUACAGUUCUACGAGAGGAACAAAACGAACGAGAGGCAGCGUGCAGAGGUGGAUGGAGACAAGUCCAACGGUAAACGCUUCCUGCAGUGCCCGGCAGCCAUGUCCGUCAUGCACUUAGCCAAGUUCCUCAGAAGUAAGAUGGACAUACCCAGCAACUACAGGGUAGAGGUGCUGUAUGGAGAUGAACCUCUCAAAGACUACUACACACUAAUGGACAUUGCCUACUUCUACGAGUGGAGACGGACUGGACCCAUCCCGCUGCAGUACCUGGUCAAGCCCACAAGGAAGCGCAGGAGGCCGGCCCAGCCUGCGGCCCAGGGCCACUCUGACGGCGUCAACACCAGCCCGACCUCAGAGAGCGACUCCCAGAGCGACAAAGUCCACAGUCCCGCUUCGGCGCAGCCGCCUCGAGCCUCCUCGCAGUCCAGCCCGGCGCCUCACAACCUCUCUCCUGCCAUCCAGAACUCCAACGGCACCACCGUGCCCAGCAACACUCAACGACACGCCCACUCCUCCAAACAGGGCACGUCCGCCGCCCGGAAGCUGACUGUCAACGGCACGAGCUCGGCGGCCAGCAAGGAGGACGCCAGGGGUGGAGAAAAAAGUUGUUUGCCUCCUCCGACCUAAUGUCUGCAUGACAGGAGGGAGGACAGUGUUUGGAUUUCUGCAGAGCAAAAACACUGGAGCCUUCUGCCUUUCGGACUUAAGAGGCAGUUUUCACCGUGACAGACUGAAGUGCAGCCAAAUAGAAACUUUGUGUGUGUGUGUGUGUGUGUGUGCGUGCGCGCGCCUCAUGUGUGUUAGACUAGAACAGUGCACACAUCCAGACUGUACAGUAUGUAUGAAAUGUGACCAUGUGUGCACACAUAUGUAUAAACUUAUCUUUUAUACAAGACAUUGUAAUCAUUUUGUAUUGUAUAUGCAGUGGUUCUGUUCCAUUUCUACCUUUCAUUGGGCUUCUGUAAAAUGGGACAAAAUGCUGUGAAGCAUGGCCGUGCAAGUCCACGCACGAUUGGAAUAUGAAGAAAGAAAGUCAUGUGAUCUACUGCUGUAUCAGUGUCCAGUAAAAGCAAUCGUCAGGUACCACACGCUCACGACUCAACUGUUGAUGCACUUUCCACAGUCCCAACCAACAAGUAUUUGUCACUUUUCUAAGCACUACCACGCCCGCUCGCCGGAUGCGUUCUCACGUCCACCAGAAGAACUCAAAAGGGAUUUUGAAUACUUGGCCAUGUAGUUCUUUUAUCAAAUUCAACAUUCCUUUUGUUUGUUCUGUUCCAACACAAACAGCAAUGCUUUGAUCGGCCAUAUGUGCAUGUUUUAGGUCAAUAAAAUGUUUACUUGAUAGGUA